AUAGUUGAUUCCACGACUUUCUUCAAUCACUCUCUCCCACGACAGUCUGUCACCAAUCACCUUCCCAAAUACCGCCACCGCCAAAGGCGGCCUCCGCCGCUCCCUGCUGCCUCUUCGUAACUCACCCAAACUUCCCUUCACCGUCCCCAUAAAUAAAAGCAAGAAAAAAAGUGAGGAUCAGGGAGAGCUCUUCAAGCAAUCGACUGAAAAAAUGGGGUGUGGGAACGUAUUCUUCACGCUGAUUAUAACUUUAGCAGUAGCUCUAAUCACCUACAACAUUCUCAUCUCAGCCAAUGCUUCUCUAAAGCAGGAGCUUCCCGGGCCUUCGGGAUUUUCAAUCAUCGACCCCGUAAUCCAGAUGCCGGUAGAAAAAUUCAGAAAAUUCGGGUCAAGUGCAGAGAGAAGGUUGUUUCACACUGCGGUGACGGCUUCUGACUCGGUUUACAACACUUGGCAGUGCCGAGUCAUGUAUUACUGGUUCAAGAAGCAUAAGAAUGGACCCGAUUCAGAAAUGGGUGGGUUCACUCGGAUCUUGCACUCUGGUAAACCAGACAAGUACAUGGAUGAGAUUCCCACCUUCAUUGCUCAGCCUUUACCUGCUGGAAUGGAUCAGGGUUAUAUAGUACUGAACAGACCCUGGGCAUUUGUGCAGUGGCUUCAAAAGGCUGACAUCAAAGAAGAUUACAUACUGAUGGCAGAGCCAGAUCAUAUCAUUGUGAAGCCUAUACCAAACUUGUCAAAAGAUGGGCUUGGCGCUGCAUUUCCUUUCUUCUAUAUAGAACCGAAGAAGUAUGGGUCGGUUCUGAGAAAGUUUUUUCCUGAGGAAAAGGGUCCAAUAACCAACAUUGACCCCAUAGGAAAUUCUCCUGUUAUUGUUGGGAAGGGUUCUCUCAAAAAAAUUGCUCCAACUUGGAUGAAUGUGUCAUUGGCAAUGAAGAAAGAUCCUGAAACAGAUAAAGCUUUUGGCUGGGUGCUUGAAAUGUACGCUUAUGCUGUUUCCUCUGCAUUGCAUGGUGUGGGUAACAUCCUAUACAAAGAUUUCAUGAUCCAGCCUCCUUGGGAUACAGAAAUCGGUAACAAGUUCAUCAUUCACUACACAUAUGGGUGUGACUAUGAUUUGAAGGGUAGGUUAACCUACGGAAAGAUUGGAGAAUGGAGGUUUGAUAAAAGAUCGUUCGAUACUGAACCACCUCCGAGAGACCUUCCGCUGCCUCCUCCUGGUGUUCCCGAAAGUGUGGUAACUCUGGUGAAAAUGGUAAAUGAAGCCACCUCAAGCAUUCCAAAUUGGGGUUCAUAGAAGG